AUGCCCAAACGUCAAAACGAGGCGCAGGCCACCGAAUCACGCGCGCCGCGGAAGUGUGUCCAUCUAGAAGACCCCGAACGGAAGCGGAUCAUCGACUUGGCUGUUGAUCGCGCCUUGCCUCUCGUCACGGUCGCCAGCAUGCUCCAUCACCCCAUCAGCACUGUGUCCAACGUAGUGCAACGUUUCAAGGAGCGCGGAGAGUGGACGUCACAUCACGUCAAUCCCAAGGGAUGCCGUGUGCUCACAGCGGAGCAUCUCCAUUUUCUCGAGAUGGAGCUCGACAAGAACGUCAAUGUGACCAAUCAAGAGCUCCAGGACCUCCUCCUGACGACAUUUGGCAUUCAAGUGCAUCAAGCAACCAUCGGGCGUGCCAUGUUACGACAGGGCUUCACGUUCAAGCGCGUGUAUGAGCAGGUCAAGGUGAAAAAUUCGCCUGAAAUCAAAGCCCAACGCAAGAAAUGGGCUGAGCUCUUCGAGGCUUUCCAGACACCUGUGGAUCGCUUGUUCUACGUGGACGAGAGUGGAUUUAAUGCGAAUCAGCAUCGAACGCGAGGUCGAUCUCGCAAGGGCGCGCGCGCAAUCGUUCAAGUUGGCAGUAUUCGUGCAGCGAAUUUCACGCUCAUUGCAGCGAUCGGAAUGAGCGGCGUUGUGUUGAAUGAGAUCCAGCUCGGAGGCGUGACUGGCCAUGUCUUUGCGGAGGCAAUGACGAAGCUGUUUGACAAGCUCGAGGCAAAAAACGCCGUCGACACCGCCGCGUCUGGCAUCGCUGUGGAUGAGCUCCCAGUGCAACAGCUUGAGCCCGACCUCCCCCUUACAAACGUGGUUGAGGACAGUGUGUCGAUCAGUAAUGCAGUUCACAUGCCACUGCUGACGUCCGGUGCAGCGUCGUCCCAACCACCUGCCCCUCCCGCUGCAGUUGUGUCGUCUGCUGCGUCUGCAGCUGGCGGCGAAGAGCACCCAGGUGUCAGCUUUCCGGGACAUCAUCGCUACAAAGCCUGGAUCGUGCUCGACAACGCGCGCAUUCACAAGACACCCGAAGUGCGCGAGCUUUUUGCACGCCGCGGGUAUGGGAUGCUCUUUCUGCCUCCGUACUCAUCGUUCUUGAACCCGAUCGAGUAUGUCUUCAACCAAGUGAAGGCUGCGUUCAAGCGCUCCCGGCUGGAACCGAACGAAACAAUCUCAAGUCGUAUUACCGCUGCUGUUGGUACCGUGACGGCAACGCAUUGCCAAAACACUAUCACGCAUGUUCAGCUCAAGUACUUUAAUGCUUGUCACGAGAUGCACGAUGUGCUAGAUUAG